AAAACUCAUUGAUUUUGAACGAAACGCCAUUUAAUAAACGCGAUCGAUAAAUAUAUAACUGCAACUUGGAGAUAAUCACAUGGAAUUCAAAAUAGCCCCCGAAAUGUAGCGGUUGGCUACUACUGAAGUAUUUAUAUUUCAGUGUUGGCUACAUCGGCUGUGAUCACUGAUCAUCUACACGCGGAUCCCGCCGUAUGUAAUGAAUUGCAAUGGCCUUUUUGGUAGCAAUGCAUUGGCAUCGGUGACAACAUUGUGAUGAUUUGUAAGGACGGAUAUUCUCGAGGACCAACACGACAGCCAUGGAAGAGAGCCUUGACAACUUGCUCGGCGACGGGGACGGCGUCGAGGAGCUGACGGCGCAGACGGCGCUUCAGGAGAUCGAGAACGCCUGGAUGAACGAGAGAUUCGCACCGGAGAUCCUGCCGCACCAGUCCGACCUGGUGGACUGCAUGCUGCAGCAGAUCGCGCACAUGGAGGAGAACAUUAGGAGGUUAGACAGGUGCGAUCUGCGUGCGCUGGUCCACCGGAUGGAGCUCGAUCGGAUCAAGUACGUCAUCAGCAGCUACCUGCGCGCGCGCCUGGAGAAGCUCGAACGUUACACGAUCCACAUCCUGGAGGAGGAGGCGAACAGGAGCCCGGAGGAGGCCUACCUGACGCCGGGUGAGUCGCGCUUCGCCAACGAGUACCGGGCCAGUCUGGAGACGCUCUUCAGGACGGUCGCGUUGCAGCACAUGCCGGCCAACUUUCAAAAAUUCGAGGAGAACAACUUCAACAUUAAGCCCAAUCUGCAGGCGCACGUGUUCCUGCGUGCGAAUCGCAGGGUCACCGGCAUCGUCCUGCCUGGCAUGUUGAACGAGGAGAUAGACUUUGAAGAAGGCUCGCAGCACAUUAUACAGUACAGCGCUGUGGCACACUUGGUUAAAUCCGGUGUAGUGCAGUUGAUUUGAUAUUCUUUGAUUCAAGGAAACGACUUGAGAGAAGUGAAAGGUUCGAUGAUGAAACUUAAACAUUUGAGGACAUGUGGCUCGGAUUCGGAGUAUCGAAGAUAAAUACGAUCGAAUCUAAUUUCUCC